GCGAGGGGGCUGUCGCUGCUGUUGUCCAGGGCACACAAAAUGGCGGACGGCGACAACAGGAGCAGCAACCAGCUGGCUGCUGAAACGGCUGGCUUGGAGGAACAGUUGCAAGGAUGGGGUGAAGUGAUUUUGGUGACUGACAAAAUUCUUCGCUGGGAAAAAAGGUGGUUUCCACCUGCUAUCGUUGCUGUAAUUUCCUUUGUUUUUCUAAUGAUCUACUACUUGGAUCCAUCUGUUCUUUCAGGUGUUUCUUGUUUUGUUAUGUUGCUUUGUUUGGCUGACUAUCUUGUGCCUACUCUUGCUCCUCGGAUUUUUGGUUCCAGUAAAUGGACCACUGAACAACAGCAACGAUUCCAUGAAAUCUGUAGCAACCUGGUAAAAACACGGCGUAAAAUUGUUGGUUGGUGGAAACGUCUUUUCACAUUUAAAGAGGAGAAACCUAAAAUGUACUUCAUGACAAUGCUGUGUUCUCUGGCUGUGAUUGCUUGGAUAGGACAACAAGUUCAUAAUCUCUUCCUCACCUACCUUAUUGUGACCUGCUUCUUGUUGUUUCCUGGAUUAAACAAACACGGAAUAAUUUCAAAAUAUGCUGGGAUGGCAAAAAGGGAGGUCAACAAACUCCUCAAGCACAAAGAGAAGAAAAACGAAUGAAGCUUGGUCUGCUGAUUAACUCGAUAGUAUAAUUUGUGUUCUAGGAGCAAUUUAAAGAAUUAAUUGUGUGCUUAAUAGUAUAGAAGUGCUUAUUUCAGUCAUCGCCUCUUAACCUUAAACAGGGUCCCUUCUGCAGUUAAUAGGAACUGUGUGGCCCUUUAGUCACACACUAAGACAGUCUGGUUAGCAUGAACAGUCAUUCUUACAGUGAGCGUGGCUAAGCAACAUAAUGUGAUAAGGUUGUUCAUCAGUAAUAAUGGGUGGUGGUAUUUGUGUGAAGAUAUCCUUUAGUCCUGUUUUGGGUGGGAGAAUACCAACUAAAAGUUUGAAUUCCUUUUAAGCAUUUUAAGGAUUCAAGGGGCUGUCUAUAGAUUUCUUUUAUGAUAAAACAGAUUUAAUUGAAAAACGUACAACAUUGUGGGCCAUGGACAAUUUAAAUAAAUAGGGCUCCUAAAUCCGAGUGCCCAAGUUGUCACUAGUUCCAUAUACAACUUACUGCACUGAAACUGUAUGGGAACGGAAGUUAGGAUGCAUGGACAGUCCACUUUCUUGCUUGUUAUUUAAAUUGUGAUAGUUUUGAUAUUGUGCAACAUGUCUUUGCGGCUUUUUAAUAUAUAGUCUGUACACAACAUCAUGUUGAAAAUACUUGAUGUAUCUAUGUUGUCAACAAGUCUGUCUUUAGAGUUACUUGUGUUUUCUUAAUGCUUUUUUUUUGGUUUUACUGAUAAUUCACUUUUCUUAAGUAAAACAUUUAUAACCUGUUAAAAUUGAUAAGCAUCUUAAGCCUGUGCUUAAAAGACAAAUUUCUGUCUUAAUUGUAAAUGGAUAAACAGUGUUAAUGUCAGUUUGAAGAAAUACAGAAACCUUGGGAAACCUUGAA